AAGUUUUUAAGAGGUCGCUGUAUACUUCGACCUUGCUUUGACUUUGUUGAAACGAAGUGUGUCGAUAGAAAAUAUUCCAAAGUGAUCAAAAGUUUUACUAAUAGAAACAUUGAACAAACUACAUUAACAUUGAGAAACAUUAAUAAUACAUUUCUUGUCUUAAGUACUAUUAUACCAAGUUUAACAUAUUCAACAUCGAAAGGCAUGGCACUAAAUAAACUCAGCAUUGAUAAAGUUGAUCUUACAGAUAAACGAGUGCUUAUACGGGUAGAUUUUAAUGUACCUUUAAAAGAUGGUAAAAUCACCAAUAAUCAAAGAAUUGUUGCUGCUUUGGAUACAAUUAAAUAUGCUCUUUCAAAAAAAGCUAAGUCUGUUAUUUUAAUGUCACAUUUGGGACGUCCAGAUGGUAAAAAAGAUAUGAAGUAUACUAUAAAACCUGUAGCUGAUGAAUUAAAGUCCCUUCUUGGAAAGGAAAUUCUAUUCUUAAAUGAUUGUGUUGGAUCAGAGGUUGAAAAUGCAUGUGCUAAUCCAGAACCAGGAAGCAUUAUCUUACUUGAAAAUUUGAGGUUUCAUAUAGAAGAAGAAGGUAAAGGAGUAGGAGAAGAUGGAAAAAAAAUAAAAGCAGAUAAAACAAAAGUAGACGAAUUUAGGAAAUCAUUGAGAAAAUUAGGAGAUAUUUAUGUUAAUGACGCCUUUGGUACAGCUCAUCGUGCUCAUAGUUCUAUGCUUGGUGAAGGAUAUGAGACAAGAGCUAGUGGUUUUCUUUUAAAGAAAGAAUUAGAAUAUUUUGCCAAAGCAUUGGAGAAUCCUGAGAGACCAUUUUUAGCAAUAUUAGGAGGUGCUAAAGUUGCAGAUAAAAUACAGUUAAUUGAUAAUUUACUAGAUAAAGUUAAUGAAAUGAUAAUAGGUGGUGGAAUGGCUUAUACCUUUUUAAAAAUAUCGAAAAAUAUGAAGAUUGGUAAUUCAUUAUUUGACGAGGAAGGAGCAAAAAUCAUUAAUAAUUUAUUAUCAAAAGCUGAAAAAAAUAAAGUCCAAAUACAUUUGCCAAUUGAUUUUGUUACGGCAGAUAAAUUUGCAGAAAAUGCAACUGUUGGUGCAGCAGAUAUAGAAAGUGGUAUACCUGAUGGCUGGAUGGGACUUGAUGUUGGACCAAAAUCAAGAGAAUUGUUCAGUCAACCUAUUAAAAGAGCAAAAACAAUCGUAUGGAAUGGUCCUGCUGGUGUUUUUGAAUUUGAAAAUUUUAGUAAAGGCACUAAAAGUCUAAUGGAUAAUGUUGUUGAAGCAACAUCAAAAGGUGCUAUUUCUAUAAUUGGUGGUGGUGAUACAGCUACUUGCGCUGCUAAAUGGAAAACAGAAGAUAAAGUAAGUCAUGUUAGUACUGGCGGUGGUGCAAGUUUGGAAUUACUUGAAGGAAAAGUUUUACCAGGAGUUGCUGCUUUAUCUUCGUUGUAAUUUCUAGUUUAUUCGAUAUCAUCUACAUCUAUAGAUUUUGGUUAGAUCUCAAAAAUGUUAAUUUCAUUUAAUUAUUAAAUUAGCAAUAAUAUAUAAUAAAACAAAAAUGUUUAUUGUUAAA